AUGGCGCCCAAGAAGAAACGCGGGAUGAGCGCCGGGCGCCGGCCCGGAGCGUUGGGAGACGGUGGUGAUCCGCCGCCGUCGGAGCGCGCGCAGUACCUGCGGCGCGAGUACGCGAUGCUCUCGGAGCAGCUGGAGGCCUGCGAGGAGCGCGUGGACCAGGUGCUGCAGGAGAACGCCUUCCUGGACCGCGAGGCGCUGCGCCUGCGCGAGGAGAACAAGCUGUACGCCAACUACGUGAGCGCACGUGCUCAACGCUGCGCCCACGCCAUCGUGCGGCUGGACCAGCAGAACCACAUGGACCUGACACAGAUCCGCUGGCAGCGAGCGGAGUUGGUGGCGCUCUACGGCGGGCGCGAGGACGGGGUGCGCGCGCAGCUGCUGGAGAUGGAGUCGCGCGCGGCGCAGAUGGCGCGGCAGGUGCAGGAGCUGCAGCCCUACAAGGAGUUGCAGCUGGAACAGCUGGCCCGGAUCCGGGCUCUGGAGCGCGAGCUGCUGCACAUGCGCGUGGAGCACACGCAGCUGCUCCACCGCGUGAAGCGGCGCUUCCUGGAGGACAAGGCGGCCUUUGAGCGUGAGGCGCGUCAGUGCGUGCAGUCCCUAGCGCGGCGCGCAGAGAGGGAGGCCACGCGCGCGCUCAUCGCGCACACUCAGGCCAUCAAGGCGGACAACGGGCGCCUGCGACAGGAGCUGCUACGGCUGCUUCGUCGGGCCCAGCUGCUGCACGACACACGGCGCCAGCUGCUGGAACAGCGCGAACAGCUGCAUCGUGAGCACGAGGACACGCGGGACCUGGCGCGCCUGCACGGCUGGCUGCGCAGAGGUCCUGGGGGCCCACCACUCUGGCAGGGGCCCGUCUCCUUACAGCCCACCUCCCGUCCAGCGUCCUUAGUCGCCCCCCUGGGCCCGUCGUGCCCUUCUUCCCAGGCCGGGUCACCUGCUGCUGCCCGGUCACCAUCUGUGGGCCUGUCGCGCCCGGCUUCUCGGGCCCCAUCUGUGGUAUCUUCGCGGGUGGCCUCCAAAGUCCCAUUACAUGUGGCCACUUCAAAACUGGGCUCCCGGGUCCCAUCCUUGACCCUAUCACGGUCCCGGGUCCCAUCCAUGACCUCCUCGCGUGCUGGGUCCCGGGCCCCAUCCCUGACCCCCUCCAUGGGGCAGUCACUCUCAGGUUCUAGGAUGUCUUCUCGGUCCUCACUGCCUGUGGCCUCGCAGGACAACCUCCCUUCAGAGAAGUCUGCCCCCAAGACUCCCUCCGGUCUGUCCCGGGAUGGGGCUCUCCCUCCACAAUCAGAAGAGGGUGUGAACACUGACGCUGAAGCAGACACAGCCUCAGGGAGAGCUUGAACCUACAGGGAGGAAGCCCGAGAAGGCCCUAGGGUUGGCGAGGCUGGUGCACAGGACGCUUGUUUGGUGGCUGCAGUUAAUAAAGAUGUGACCUAGUAUGUCUGGCCUGCAAGGGCCCCUCAUUCAUGUAUCCACGGGGCCUGGUGGUACACAUGGGCUUUGUUCUGGCUGCCUCAGGAAGGCUUUAUGUUUAAGCUACUG